AUGGCGAACCCUAACUCCCGCGACCCUUCUGAGGGCUCGUUGCGACUGCCAACCCCCCAGAUUGAAAUCCACGAAGACGAUCAAAGCCCAUUUUCGCCCGGGCAAGCGGGCUCAAGAACCCUUAUGCCAUCUGCAGAUCGGUUAACAGUGAAUCGUGAUCCCCCACGCUCUUCGCAUUCCCUCGACGGAGACACUCUUCGUGCUCGAGCCGAUUCAAAUGUUUCGAGUGCAGCAACAAUCGCCCACUCAGAGGCGUCACCGAGCUUAGAGCCUAAAAAGGGCAAAAAUGCAAUCGACUUUUCAGAUCUCGACGACGUACCGAUAUCCGAAGCCCUCAAUCCAGAUCCCCAAAAUGUUGGUGAUUUCGAGGUGCAAGAUAACAGGUUCCCCUUCUCGCCUGGCCAGCUGAACAAGAUGCUGAACCCCAAGUCCCUGGCUGCCUAUCAAGCACUUGGAGGACUUUCAGGCCUAGCUCAGGCUCUACGAACAGAUCUCAAAUCAGGAUUAUCCACCGACGAAACGACACUGCCAGGAAAGCUUGUGCACAACACCGAGACAUCAUCGUUUGACUAUCAUGAGGCUGCUGGCAGCUCUGAAGGCAAAGACACUCAGUUCUACGAUCGGAUACGGGUUUUCAGUCAAAAUAGACUGCCAGCAAGGAAGUCAACCGGGUUUUUUAUGUUGCUGUGGAUGGCCUACAAUGAUAAGAUCAUCAUCCUGCUGACGAUCGCCGCUAUUAUUUCUCUGUCGCUGGGAAUAUACCAGACCAUCGAUGAAGGACAUGGUGUGGAUUGGGUAGAAGGAGUUGCGAUCGUAAUUGCUAUCGCAAUCGUUACGAUCGUAACGGCGUUGAAUGACUGGCAAAAGGAGCGGCAGUUUGCAAAGUUGAACAAGAGGAAUGAUGACCGCGAGGUGAAGGCCGUGCGCAACGGAAAGGUGGUCCUGAUCUCGAUCUUCGACAUCACGGUCGGCGACAUCUUGCAGGUUGAACCUGGUGACUCUAUCCCUGCCGACGGCGUCCUCAUAUCUGGCCAUGGUAUCAAAUGUGACGAGUCGUCUGCUACUGGCGAGUCCGAUCAGAUGAAGAAGACAGACGGAUUCGAGGUAUCUCGACAAAUCGCUGACGGUACAGCCACCAAAAAGCUCGACCCGUUUAUGAUCUCCGGUAGCAAUGUCCUUGAAGGGGUCGGGUCAUACCUUGUGACAAGUGUCGGAAAGUUUUCUAGUUAUGGCCGAAUCCUCAUGUCCCUGCAAGAGUCCAACGACCCUACGCCUCUACAGGUCAAACUUGGACGGCUUGCAAACUGGAUUGGAUGGUUUGGAUCAGGUGCUGCCAUUAUUCUCUUCUUUGCUUUGCUCUUCCGCUUCGUUGCCAACCUUGACAGCAACACUGGCAGCUCGGCUGCUAAAGGUCAAGAGUUUGUGGACAUUCUCAUUGUGGCUGUGACAGUCAUUGUCGUUGCAAUUCCUGAGGGUCUUCCGCUGGCCGUGACCUUGGCUCUCGCCUUUGCUACGACACGAAUGGUAAAAGAGAACAACCUCGUCCGUGUUCUUCGGGCCUGUGAAACUAUGGGCAAUGCAACAGUUAUCUGCUCAGAUAAAACUGGCACAUUGACCCAGAAUAAGAUGACCGUGGUCGCUGGAACUUUGGGCUCGAGAGGCUUUAUCCAAAGCCCAGGGGAGGAGUCUACCUCCAUGUCUGCUGUGGAACUUUUCAAGACGAGUCCCAGGGAAGCCCGCGACCUCCUUGUCAAGAGCAUUGCUCUCAACUCUACUGCAUUCGAGGAAGAAAAGGAAGGCGCGAAGCAGUUCAUUGGUAGCAAGACAGAAGUGGCACUACUGCAGCUGGCCAGGGACUAUCUGGGGAUGGAUGUCACGACUGAACGAGCCUCCGCAACCAUAGUCCAGCUCAUUCCAUUCGAUUCUGCUCGGAAGUGCAUGGGCGUGGUGUACCAGGUCUCCGAGGGACAAUACCGCCUCCUGGUCAAGGGAGCCGCCGAGAUCAUGGUCGGCAAAUGCUCAAACAGAAUUGACUCCGACUCGGACAAACUGCGCAUAGAAGUGGCAACUGCGCAGGACAAGCAGGAUGUCCUGGACACCAUAGAGUCGUAUGCGAAGAAAUCUUUGCGUACGAUUGGACUGGUCUACAAGGAUUUCUCUACUCCUAGCUGGCCUCCAGUCGAAGCUGCCCGUGUUCAGGACGAUCCAGACUCCGCCGACUUUGACAGCAUCUUCCGCGACAUGACCUGGCUUGGGGUGAUGGGUAUCCAGGACCCUCUUCGUCCUGAGGUUCCUGCUGCCAUCCAACGUUGUCAUGUUGCCGGUGUUCAGGUGAAGAUGGUCACAGGUGACAAUAUCAGCACCGCUACUGCCAUUGCCGAGUCUUGUGGUAUCAAGACCGAGGACGGUAUUGUCAUGGAAGGCCCCAAGUUCCGCCAACUCUCCGAGGAAGAUAUGGACAAGGUCAUUCCUCAUCUUCAGGUCCUGGCACGCUCUUCUCCUGAAGACAAGCGUAUCCUGGUCGCCCGGCUGAAGAAGCUGGGCGAAACUGUGGCAGUGACAGGUGAUGGUACCAACGACGGACCAGCCCUGAAGACAGCAGACGUAGGCUUCUCCAUGGGUAUUGCUGGAACUGAAGUUGCCAAAGAGGCCAGCUCCAUUAUCCUCCUCGACGACAACUUCAAGUCUAUUGUGACCGCCAUCGCCUGGGGCCGUGCAGUCAACGACGCCGUCGCCAAGUUCCUCCAGUUUCAAAUCACAGUCAACAUCACAGCCGUCGUCCUCACCUUCGUCUCCUCCCUCUACAACUCCGACAACGAGAGCGUCCUCAGCGCCGUCCAGCUUCUCUGGGUGAACCUGAUCAUGGACACUUUCGCUGCACUGGCUCUUGCAACCGACGCACCCACAGACAAGAUCCUCGACCGCAAGCCCGUGCCCAAGAGCGCCUCGCUCUUCACGGUGACUAUGUGGAAGAUGAUCCUCGGCCAAGCCAUCUAUCAGCUCGGCAUCACAUUCAUGCUCUACUUUGCGGGAGACAGCAUCCUCUCGGACUACCUCUCCUCCGACCCAGACACCCGCCACCGCCAGCUCGACACCAUUGUCUUCAACACCUUCGUCUGGAUGCAAAUCUUCAACGAAUUCAACAACCGCCGCCUUGACAACAAACUCAACAUCUUUGAAGGCAUGCACCGCAACUACUGGUUCAUCGGCAUCAACUGCAUCAUGGUCGGCGGCCAAGUCAUGAUCAUCUACGUUGGCGGCGAGGCCUUCAACGUCCGCGAGAUCACCAGCGUGCAGUGGGGUAUCUGUAUUGCCUGCGCAUUUGGCUGUCUCCCCUGGGCCGUGGUCCUCCGCUGCAUCCCCGACAAGCCCGUCGGCGUCGUCCUCGAUGCCGUCACGACCGCUGUCGGGUUCGUCAUGAAGCCUCUUGGCCGCGCCUUCGCUGCAAUGGGAAGACCCAUCAAGCGGGUUAUGCGCAGACGCCAGAACAAGAGCAAGGCAGACGAUACAAACACGUUGGAAGACCUCCACGAACAGCGCGUUUCCGAUGAGGAGCGCCCUGUGCCCCAGUUUACGAUUACCUCCCCGGAUGAUGCUUCACACCGUUAA